GCCGACUUGCCUCCCUGUGCGCCGCCCACCAGCUUUCUUCUCUUCUCCCCGCUAUUUGUUGCACUCGAGCCAAUUGCUGGAGCUCAGGCUUCGUACAUUCUUUGCGCCUUGCGAUUCUGAAAAGGGAGCGUCCCUGCGAAAGGAGCUUGACACCGGGAGUGGUCUCAGGACUGAGGACUUGCAAUAAUGUUGUUCACACGGCCAUGGGCGAGCUUGUGCUUGCUGGCAGGGAGUUUGACGGGCGUGAGCAGCCUGGGGCUGAGUGAGGACCCGGAUAUCAAGGCUAUUUCGCUACGCACACACAGCCUCGAGCCUCCGUACCUCGACUCGGAUAUGCAGAGCCGCUGGUGGGACUUUGGAGGAGACACCAUCAUUCGAACCGACCAGUACAUCCGUCUCUCGUCAGACAAGCCGUCGCGUGACGGCUGGCUAUUCUCGCGCGUUCCCCUGACCGCGACAAAUUGGGAGAUCACGAUCGAGUUCAAGGUCCAUGGACAGGGCAACCUCUACGGUGACGGCUUCGCCAUGUGGCUCACCAAGCAGCGCGCGCAGCCAGGACCCGUCUUUGGACAUGCCGACAAAUUCGAGGGACUCGGUAUCUUCGUCGACACGUACAAGAACAACCGCCCGGGCACCGUAUUCCCCUACAUCAUGGCCAUGAACGGCGACGGUAACACUGCGUACGACAAGGACAACGAUGGCAAGGCAAAUGAGGUCGCUGGAUGCUCUGCUCGCGGUAUCCGCAACUCCCAGGUCCCCACCAAAGCGCGCCUCACCUACUUCGCAGACUCCUUCCUCAAGCUCGAACUCCAGUACAAGUCCGAGGAUGAAUACACGACCUGCUUCGAGAUCCCCAACUUCAAGGUGCCUCCAGUCGCAUACCUUGGUUUCAGUGCCGAGACGGGCGAGCUCAGCGACAACUUCGACAUCAUCUCCGUCAAGUCGCUGAACUUGUACAAGCGUAAUCCUGGCCAGGCUGCUGGAAACGGUGCCACAAAGCCCGGUAAGACGGCUUCGAGCAUGACGCGCGAGCAGGAGGGCGGCAGCAGCUGGACAUGGUUCCUGAUGAAGUUCGUGCUCUUCGGCCUCGCGCUGACGGGCGCAUACGUCGGCUAUACCAUCUACCGCACAAGACAGCGAGACAGGUUUUAGAGGCGCCCCGGAGACGCACCGCACCCGUCGUUUCCCACCAACUCCUUUCACCAGCGCCACUUCGACUGGGCAGCGAAAGGUCUCAUGGGUUGCGGGGGGUAGCGUGUGGUUUUGCACGGAUAUGAGAGAGCAGGUGUGGUUUGACGAGGUGGCACAGCAACGGCGCAGAUUCUGUGGUCUCAGCGGCUUGCGCUCACCGGGCAGAGUCGCGCCUCUGUACCAUGUUAGUUGGGUGCGCGGAUCAACCGGGUGCGGCGUCAGUGUCUGGGUGUGCACAUUCUCGCGCGCACGGCGUUGGGCCGUACACACUAUCACGGCGUGUCAGUGUUGACUUGGACGUGUGUGCUUUUAUCGUGUUUGUAGCAUUGUUUGCAUUCUUCCUUUUUUUCCUCCGCCGGACCUCAAAAUACCACAUUUCAUGAUCGCACAUCUCGAACGUAAUCU